AAUAGUUAUAAACAUUAAUAAUAAUAACAACCAGAAAAUGCCGAAUUUUAAUGGUGCCAUCGUUAUGCACACGUUGCAGUUCAUCAAGACGCCGGCGACACUCCGCGAGAUUGUGGCAACCAUUGCCGAGAACACAAAUUUGCCCGAGGACGAGCUGACCCAACCCAUCCGGCAGACCCUGCAAAUGGGCCAUCAAAUGGGAUUUCUACAAAAACUAAAUGGCAGAUAUUUUGCACUUCCGAUGACUUUUGAGUUGCUUAUGGCCGAGACGGCAGCAGUGGGCCCAAAUGCUGGGCUACAAAAUGUAGACUCGAAGAAAAAAUUAGACAAGAAGUCGAAGCAGAUGUGUUCGUUGAAGAAAGGCCAAGUUGACAGCGAAGCUGCAUCGCAGAUAAAUAAUGAGUCAACCACAACACUGAUGCCAGCAGACUCAAAAUUGCUACGCAAACCGAAGCGAUCCCAACUGAAAAUUAAAUAGUUGAUGCGGAUUUCUUUUAUUGGAUAAUUAUCGAAAUUUUUGGGCUGGUAAAUAAAAGAAUA